UAAAAAUAAAAGGAAAUAUUUAGUUAAUUUAAAAUGAGUUCUUCCGCGUGUACGUAAAUUAAACCAUCUACAAAGCAGAGACGGCAUAAAUGCAUGGCUGUAAUUAGAGGCUUUUCAGUAGGCCAGUCUGUGUGUAUACAGAUCUCUCACAUAUAUACACUACAACGGACGUAUCGAUAUAGACUGACAACUCUUGAUGGUGUAGCGGUAGACCUACUUAUGUGACCACAGCAACACAUAGCGUUUUUGGUCUUUCCUGCCCAGCUACAAUAACUUAAGUAGGCCUAACCCGUGACAUGUGUACCAACCAGAUACAUGGCGACCGCUCGGAAAAGCGCGAUAGCUGUUUACGUACUGAUUGCGACACUAGCCUGUUUCUGUGAAAACGCAGAAGGCAUCGGUGACUAUCUCUGUGAAAACGUAGAAGUGACCGAUGGACAGCCAGUUAUUCUCAGCUGCAACAUAUCCCUGAACAUCACCCAAGUCACGUGGUGUAAACAGAGUGACGGGAUCUCCGAUAUCACGGUGGCCAAAAUCGAAGAUGGUCAAAUAACAGUUAGCUCCCCAUGGACGAGCGGAGAUGUGGAACUUUACCAAAAGUUGUGGAUAAAGAUCAAGAAAGCGUCCAUGACCAGAGACGACGGUGUGUUCUGGUGCAAGGGAAACGGUUUCAACGGCAGAGUAAUAGUCAGGGUUAAGAAAGUAUCACGACCAGUGCGCCUGUCUGGUCCUUCAUUUCCGGUUAAGGGCGAUACCAACGUCACAUUCUUCUGCACGAUCCACGGAGGCGAACAACCAUUUCACAUGGAAUGGUACAUGGGUAACUCGAAAACUCGAAUCUACAGUGAUGUCGGAGAAAAUGGGCGGACCAGUAAUGUGAGUGUCGCGAUAACGGGAGACAUGCACGGUGAGGAGAUCGUCUGCGAAGCGGAUGUGUAUGGAGAACGUGUUAUGGAGAAAAUAGUCGUGGGUGUAAGCUGCAAACCCACCGUCGUCAUGGAAAUAAGCCCACGUGACUAUAAUCUGGAUGAUGACGUCAGGCUGAUAUGCGAUGUCAGGGGCAGACCUCCGCCGGAAAUAACGUGGCUGGUCCGCUUGAAUACCGGGAAGAAGGCCAUAAAAAGCCCCUUUAAGCAACGCGACAGUGCUGAAGACAUUUUUGCGAGCAAAGACACGACCCUUCGUGGAGCAACGGCGACAUCUUAUUUUAAAGAGGGAACAAGGGAAGCUGCCAAUGGCAUGGUUAGAAAAUCCAACAGGAGGACUUCGAUCUACCCCCUUCGCAAUUUGAAGACCACUGAUUUAGGUGCCUAUACGUGCAUAGCUCACAAUGUAAAUGGCGUCGACAGUGAUAUGUUGAUCAUAACAGUGUCAGGUUUUGACGAUAUUAAGAUGGUCAUUAUGUUUGUUCUUACGAACUCCUUCGGACUCUUCGUCUUUGUUUGUGCAAGCGUGUGUGUGUACAGAUAUUUGAAAGGUAAAAGGAAGAAAUCAAACUCUAUAAGGAGAGUCAGCGAGAUAGAAAUGGCGGGAGAUACGGGCACAGCUCGAAGUCCUCCACAUAUUCCCAUACCGGAUGAUAACACGUAUGAUAAUUUCUCUGACGACUAUCAAACUAUGAACGACGUAAACGAGUCUCGCACCAGAACAGACGAGACCUCGUACGAGGCACACACCGCUCCAAAGGUGAUUUACCUAAGGCGUAAAGAUGAUGAGGCAACAGAAACGGUUCAGAUGGAGUAAUACUGCGGAGGGAAGUUGGGGAGCGGGUUGGGCGGGUGGGAGUGGGUAGGGGUAUUUGGAGGCGUGUUACGGAUAAGAACUUGCCAUGUUUUAUACAGACAAAAAGUACAUUGUGCAUAUGAUAGCCCUGUGAUUAUUGCUAUUAUAUUUUUACCACAAGAAAAUAUCAUUAACAACUGUAUCAAUAUGGCUGGUGUGCAUGUCUUUUUUUAAAUAAUUAUCACCAGGCAGCGAUGUUGAAGUACAUUUUUCUGCAGACGUUAAUGUCCAGUAAUCGUUUCAGUUUGAAUAAUUCAGCAAGCUUACAUGUACAUUACGCAGAUAUAAUACCAUUGUUACUUUUUGUAAACAUUUGUAUGUUGAAAAUUAAGUUAUAGUAAACCUAGUAACGAGUUGAACGCUAAAAUAGAAAAUUUGCUUUACUUUGACUGAUGACUCACAACAGGAUAGGUUAAAUGUUGGUGUACCGCCGUUAUAGUGUACCAGAUUUACUGCAUUUGACUCAGAAUGUCGCCAGUGUUGGUGUACCACCGUUAUAGUGUACCAGAUUUACUGCAUUUGACUCGGAAUGUGGCCAAUAUUGGUUUUGCCGUUAUAGUGUACCAGAUUUACUGCAUUUGACUCAGAAUAUCGCCAGUGUUGGUGUACCACCGUUAUAGUGUACCAGAUUUACUGCAUUUGACUCAGAAUGUCGCCAGUGUUGGUGUACAACCGUUAUAGUGUACCGGAUUUUCUCCAUUUGACUCAGAAUGUCACCCUUGACUGACAUUUGCCCCAUGCUGAGAGUUAUAUGAAUGGUGGAAAAAUAUUUCGAGGUGCGUCCAACAUCAGCGAUUGUAAAAAAUAUUUUACAUACAUCCCAUCUUCGUCAGGCUACAGUCAUACCGUUGAAAAAAAUACAUAUAUUCUCAGUGCUUUAAUAAAAUAAAGUGAAUUUCUCAUAGUUGUUUCAGCUUUGAUUAUGCAAUACUGUGAGGCAUGGUUGUGUGCACAUAUAAUGUUUCAGGGACAGAUUGCAGAAUGCUACUCAAGGUUUGGGUUCAGUGCGGGCUUUGGACAGGCAGUGGUUAGA